AUGUAUGAAGGAAGAUGGAAAAUGGUUAACCAAAUAAAAUAAGAUGUUUAGAAUGAUAUUGAAUUAAUACUUAGAUAAAUGAAUGAAAGAAUUCAUGCAAUGAAGAAGAAAAAGUAUAAUGAAUUGAAAGGAAAAAUUAAAUAAAAAUGCAUUGAUUUAUUGAUUGAUUAUGCAAAACAAAAGAUAGGGAAAAAAAAUAAAAUAAAAAAAGAAGGAAAUAAUAUAAGACAUAAUAAAUAAAAAAAGCUAAAGAAUAUUUAGAAAAAAAUAUUUAAGAUAAUUAGUACAAGAAUGUUGUAAACUACUUUAUCAGCUUUCAGACCUAGAGGUUCUAAUGUUACCGGUAAGGUUGCUUUGGCAACUCUCGGUGCUUUAACUGGGUACGGAGCUUUCUAUCACUAUAAUUAAUACCUCAAUUUAUCUGCUAGAUGGCAAUAAAUUUAAGAAAACAUCGCUAAAGAUCAACCUUUCGAUGUUGAUGGAUUUGAUGCUAAGGUCUAUCCCUGGGUUCGUGAAAAUAAUGUUAAUGAUUGGGAAUACAAAUUAGUUAAAAUGAGAGGAUAUUUCAAGGACUAGAGAUUCUUCGUUAGAAGAAAAAGAGACGGUAAGGAAGGUUUUUUGGUCUUCGCUCCCUUCGUUACUGCUGUUGAAAGAGUUAACCACAGAUUAAAAUAAAAGGAUUUACUUCCUGUUGAAUACUCUGUCUUCGUUAACUUGGGUUGGGUUCCUGUUGAAAACAAGAAGGACGUUGAAUUAGGUGGUGAAGUUUGUCCUCCUAUGGAUGCACCAACCGAUUCAACCUUAUUUGUUAAUGAUACUUUCACUGGAUUCAACCCCGAUCCUGCUAAUCCUGAAGAUACUGAAUAAGUUACUUUAACUGAAAUCACUGGUAUCGUCAGAAGAGGUGAACAACAAGACAUAUUAGCCAGAAGAAGAAACUGGAAUAAAGAAGGUAUUUACAACUGGGUUGACUUAGAUUACAUGGGCAAGAUUUUCAGAUUAUUUAACUUAGAUGCUAUCAACACUGCUUAUAUUGAAAGAGUCGUUCCUUCUUUCGAAGAAGGUGAAGAAGGUCUCUAUCCCAUCCCUGCUACUAAGGAUACCUUCGAAAGACCCUUAAAUACUCCUGAACGUCACUCUACUUUCUUUAACUUCUAUGCUGCAACUUCUGCUCUUUCUUUUAUUUCCAUGCUUUUGUUAAGACGUUGA